AUAAAAUCUGUACCUAAAUGAAAAUAAAUAAUUGUGUGUUGUUGAGUGGAAACGUGAAAUUAGGGUUCAUCGAGGAGGAAGAAGAAGAAGAUGUCGUACCUGUUGCCUCACUUGCACUCUGGAUGGGCCGUCGAUCAAGCAAUCCUCGCCGAAGAGGAGCGUCUCGUCGUCAUCCGUUUCGGCCACGACUGGGACGAAACCUGCAUGCAGAUGGACGAGGUGUUGGCGUCAGUGGCGGAGACGAUAAAGAACUUUGCGGUGAUAUACCUGGUGGACAUAACGGAGGUGCCGGAUUUCAACACCAUGUACGAGCUCUACGACCCUUCCACGGUGAUGUUCUUCUUCAGGAACAAGCACAUCAUGAUUGAUCUCGGAACCGGUAACAACAACAAGAUCAACUGGGCUCUCAAGGACAAGCAGGAGUUCAUCGACAUUGUUGAGACCGUCUAUCGUGGAGCCAGGAAGGGACGGGGUCUCGUCAUCGCUCCCAAAGAUUACUCCACCAAGUACCGUUACUAGUUUGAUUCCUUCAAGUCAUGUACUCACCCACCCACCCACCCACCCCUAUGGAUCGGAUCUGUAACAUACAACAAACAAAAUUUUAUCUGUUUUCUUACUUCUGUGGUGGUGGUGGUUGUAUGAUCAUUCUGAUUUCUGCUUAUUCACAGACCUUAGACUCCAACUCUGUGAAAUGAAUUGCUUUUGUCAUAUGCCAAAGUGUUGUUAGAAUAAUUACUUAGUUUUGCAACUUUGCUUUAGUAGUUUAGGAUCAUUGGUGAUCAAGAUGCUCUAAUAACAACAAUAUCACUUGGUUCAA